UGCACGGAGAUACCUAUAACAGAUUUCAAAAAGAAGAAAUAAAUUUAACAAGAAAAGAAAGAUCUCAGGUAGCAGGCUGUUUUAAGUCGCGGACAAAGAGGCUUUGUUUUAAGUGAGACACUUGAACAAGACAAGAGGUGAAUCUUGAAAUUUGAUCUUCGACACUUGAGGGUAUGAAAGCUUGGAUUGUCAACAUCUGUGUGCUUUCCUUCCUGUUAGUUCAGGUUUACGCUGACCACUCCUCGAAAGACGAAAAAAGGGAAAAUCUAGGUUUCCGCCCGGUGCACUUUUCUGCUGUUGGUCUGCCUCUAGGAGACAAUCCAGCCAAUGGAGGAGCGCCAUCGACAGGAGCUUUUAAAAUCCAAGAUGGAAACGUUGUCGGUGCAGGUACGUAUGAGUUUGAACCGGAUGGUGUGGAUGUCGAUAUCGGUCUGAAAAUAUCAAACAAAGCGCCUGGUGCACCUGGAGGGGCCGGGGCAGGCGGAGGACCAGGUGCAGGCGGAGGACCACGGGCUGGUGGAGGACCGGGUGCAGCUGGUACCCCGAGGCCAGCGCUUUGUCCGGUACCCUGUUCACAAACUAAACCAACACAGGCGCCUUCAGCUACUCCCGGUGGUGCUGCAGCCCCUGGUGGCGUAACACCGGGUAGCACCACACCUGGGGGAUCCACACCGAGUGGAUCCACACCAGGUGGCGUCACGCCCGGUGGUGCUACACCAACUGGUGGAGGAGGUGCUGGAGGAACAGGGCCUACACAAGGAGUCACUACACCUAAAACUGGAGGAGGAGCUGCCACAACACCACCAAGUAGCGGUGGUGGAGGAUCAGACGAAGAGCAAGCACUGAGAAAACAUAACGAAUAUCGAAGAAGGCACGGUGUUCCGGAAAUGAAGCUAAAUGCCGAGAUGAGCAAGGCUGCAGCGGCAUAUGCCCAAAAAAUUGCCCAGAUGGGUGCACUGAAGCACGCCUCACGAGAAGAAAGAAACGAGGACGGGGAAAAUCUGUCCAUGGGCUGUGAUAGUGAUGGUCAAACAACAGCUGAAGCUACUACAAAUUGGUACAACGAAGUCUGUGAAUAUGGAUACUCCUUUGGCCAACCAAGCGGAACUGGAGGGACUGGCCACUUUACUCAAGUUAUUUGGAAGGGAAGUGUCGAGCUCGGUAUUGGAAAAGCAGACAUCGAUAAGGAUGGAAUGAAAUGCUCCUACAUUGUAGGUCGUUACAAACCAGCUGGGAAUAUGAUUGGAGAUUACGCUGAAAACGUACCUAAGGGCUCCUUUGAUAAAGCCAAGGAUUGUACAGGUGUUAAAAGGACGAUUAUGCAAUACUUGUCGCCACGCUCCAAGAUUCACCACAAGAAACGAGCAAGCAAAUCACACAAACACGAACAUAGAUAAUGUGACUGCAGUGGACACAAUGCAGACAAAAAAAUUGCUGGAUGCAUAAACAGAGCCUCCUUACUCUAAUUCCAUGUUGAAAAAA